UUUAUGUUUUAGAAACGUUUUUCACUGAACAUACUUUUUCAUAAAAUUUUUGUGUAUUUCUGCAGCCGGCUGCUUGAUAAGUAGAUUUUUGCAAUCUUUUCUAGAAGUUGAAACAAUUUGUGAAAUCUUUUGAAAAUGACUGCAUUUGAGGAAUUUGGCGUUUUGCCAGAAAUUGGCAAAGCCAUUGAUGAAAUGGAGUGGACACUACCCACCGAUGUGCAGGCGGAGGCCAUACCCUUAAUUUUAGGUGGUGGCGAUGUGUUAAUGGCUGCCGAAACAGGUUCUGGUAAAACUGGUGCUUUUUGUUUGCCCAUUUUACAGAUUGUAUGGGAAACUUUAAGAGAUUUAGAGGAAGGUAAGAGUGCAAAAGGGGGAGGGGCUGCUGGCAGUGUCGCUGCCUGGACUAUGUCCUUUUUCGAUCGCGGUUCUGCCUUGGCUGUUACUCCUGAUGGUCUGCGCUGCCAGUCGCGAGAAUUCAAAGAAUGGCAUGGCUGUCGCUGCACUACGGGUGUGAAGGGUAAGGGAAAAUUCUACUAUGAGGCCACUGUAACAGAUGAAGGCUUGUGCCGUGUUGGCUGGUCCACCCAACAAGCCCAACUGGACUUGGGUACUUGUCGCAAUGGCUUUGGUUUUGGUGGUACUGGUAAAAAGUCAAACAAUCGCCAGUUUGAUGAUUAUGGCGAGGCGUUUGGUAAAAAUGAUGUCAUAGGCUGUUACUUGGAUUUGGAAAGAAUGGAAGUUUCUUUUAGUAAAAAUGGCCAACAUUUAGGAGUUGCUUUCCGCAUAGCCGACAAUUUACGCAAUGAAACCUUUUAUCCGGCAGUGGUUUUGAAAAAUGCCGAAAUGGCUUUUAAUUUUGGUAGAACUGAGUUAAAAUAUCCACCUAAAAAUGGUUUUGUAGCUGUUUCUCAGGCAGGAGCCCAACACUCUAAAGCCAAUCCUCUGGCUAGUCCUUCCACAAAUGCGGCAGCUAAUAAACCUGCUCCCAAUGCUCCUCAGGCCAUUAUAAUAGAACCCAGCCGUGAAUUGGCUGAACAGACUUAUAAUCAAAUAGAAAAGUUUAAAAUACAUUUGUCGAAUCCAAAUGUUCAAACUUUACUAUUGAUUGGAGGCGUUAAGUUGGAACAGCAGAAGAGUGUGUUGCAGCAAGGUGUGCAUAUUGUUGUGGGCACUCCGGGACGCUUGGAGGAAAUGAUUAGCAGUGGUUUUGUGCAAUUAACCCACUGCAGAUUUUUUGUUUUAGAUGAAGCUGAUGCUCUUCUUAAGCAGGGCUAUACGGAUUUAAUAGAUCGUUUACACAAACAAAUACCCAAAAUGACUUCCGAUGGCCGUCGCCUACAGAUGGUGGUGUGUUCUGCCACCCUGCAUGCUUUCGAAGUUAAAAAAAUGGCCGAUCGUUUAAUGCAUUUUCCCACUUGGGUUGAUCUUAAAGGAGAGGAUGCUGUACCGGAAACGGUUCAUCAUGUGGUGUGCAUGAUUGAUCCCCAGAAAGAUACCAUGUGGCAUAAUUUACGUCAACAUAUACGAACAGACGGUGUACAUGCACGUGAUAAUGUUCAUCCCAAUAAUUUAACACCGGAGACCUAUUCGGAAGCCGUGAAACUAUUGAAGGGGGAAUAUUGUAUAAGAGCCAUAGAGGAACAUAAAAUGGAUAGAUGCAUUAUAUUCUGUCGUACAAAGUUGGAUUGUGAUAAUUUGGAGCAGUAUUUAAGGGCUAGAGGUGGUCAGCGUUAUUCUUGUGUUUGUCUACACGGUGAUCGUAAGCCGCAAGAGCGUAAACAGAAUUUGGAACGUUUUAAACGGGCCGAAGUGAAAUUUUUAAUAUGUACUGACGUAGCUGCCAGAGGUUUAGAUAUUACCGGUUUGCCCUACAUGAUUAAUAUUACUUUGCCGGAUGAAAAAUCGAAUUAUGUACAUCGUAUCGGUCGUGUGGGUCGCGCCGAACGUAUGGGUUUAGCCAUAAGUUUGGUGGCUACGGUACCCGAAAAAGUUUGGUAUCAUGGCGAAUGGUGUAAAACACGCGGUCGUAAUUGUAACAAUACUAAUUUAACUGAUAUUAAGGGUUGUUGUAUUUGGUAUAAUGAAAAGAAUCUAUUGGCAGAAAUUGAAGAUCAUUUGAAUAUCACUAUACAACAAGUGGACAAAUCCCUAGCCGUACCCCUUAAUGAUUUCGAUGGUAAGGUGGUGUAUGGUGAGAAAAAUCUUAAUACCGGCACCGGCUAUAAGGAUCACGUUGAACAAUUGCAACCCGUUGUAAGAAAACUAACGGAUUUGGAAUUGCAAUCACAAUCUUUAUUUUUGAAACGCUUAAAAGUCUAA